UUGGAGUACUUUGAGAAUCUAACCACGAAAAUGAUUGGACGAAUCGGCAUCUACGCACCAAUCAUCAGCAGUUCCAUGCUAAUCGUGUCCAAUCUGACGCUUACCCAUGGCUUCAUGGUGAUUGCCCGCCAUCAGACCAAGGGAAAAGGCCGCAACAGCAAUCAGUGGUUGAGUCCACCCGGGUGUGCUAUGUUUUCCCUGCAACUGCACAUCCCCAUGAGCAGCAACCUGGGACAGAGGUUGCCAAUAGUACAGCAUCUGGUUGCGGUAUCCGUCGUCUCGGCCAUUCUCUCCAUUCCCGGCUAUGAGCACCUUAACCUGGGACUGAAGUGGCCCAACGAUAUCUACGCGUACGGGACUACCAAACUCGGUGGCAGCAUUUUCAACACUCAGGUGGACUCUAGGAGUGCCGUUGUGAAUUUGGGCGUCGGAUUAAAUCUGAGCAACAGCAAACCAACGCUCUGCCUCAACGACGUCAUUGCGCAUUACAACGCGAAACAUUCCACCGCCUUGCCACUGCUAUCGUACGAGAAAACGUUCGCCCUGAUCUUCAACAAGCUGGAGGAAUUGUAUGACCGCGUGCAACGGCAGGGCGUGGAGGAGCUGCAGCAGGAGUACUACCGGCACUGGUUGCAUCAGGACGCAGAGAUCAGCAUGGUGGACGCCGGUGGCGAGUCCUUGCAGGGAACGAUAGUGGGGAUCGAUGACUACGGUUUCCUGCUGGUCAAGAAGCAGCCAUCCGGCGUGACCGUUUCCGUGCAUCCGGACGGUAACAGCUUCGACAUGAUGCAGGGCCUGAUCAUUCCAAAGUACAGCUAAACGCUAGACGAUUGCAAAAUAGUUAAAAACAUAUUCGACCUUUUGAAAAUCAACUCGCAGCUGUGCUUUAGAAGGAUGGAUUAGCUUAGGAAUCAACUCAAUUCAUGAGAACUUCAAUCGAAGCUUAAGCUUUUGCUUAGAUAGAAAUCCUAGAUAAAAGUCAAGGUUAGAGCCAGAUGGGCUACCUUGUUUAUCACGUUAACAUGUUUAGCCACUGCCGGGGAGAUUGUAAUGUUGAAAUUUAUUGAAAUCUGCGUGUGUUUCCCUUUUAAAACUAACGGAAAUCAGCCUAUACUAAGGAAGGUAAUUGAGAUUCUUAUUAUCAACAGUGUUGGGUGUUCAACAAUCGUUUCAUUUACCACCGUGUUUUGUCGGACAGGAUUACACAUUUGCAUUUGAAAGGGAGUGAAGGUCUAGUGAAAGAAGGACAGCUUCGUUGUUAUACCGUGUAACGUUAGAUUUAUUAAGGGAGUUUACAAUGUUUUGGGCUGUUGCCCAGGUUUUUACUUACGAGCAUUAUUUUAAGUGGUUAUGGUUAUGGAGGAUAGUAUGUUCCUUCUGCCCACCUGUUCCUACUUUCCAAACUAAAUGUGCAAUCUUUUGUGAAAGGAAUUGCUGAGUAGCUUCAAACUGUAGCUGCUACGCGCGUAUACAAAGUAAUCUCUGAAAAGAGUGCAACAAUUCAAGUGUGAAAAUCAAAAUCAUUCCAGCAUCUCUCAUAAAGCAUAUCUCUACGACACCAACAGCUGGCAGCAAAGGCCAGAGGAUGUUCCCAUUUAACGCACAAAACCGUGUGGCAUUGAAUUGGCAAGAUCAAAAAGCACAAGUUAUCCUUAACAACAAUCAUAUUUCCCUCUUUCAGGCUCUUCACCAAUGUUAAAAAUGUUCCAAAUCUGAAUGUAAAGCUCAUUAAAACUCUU